GUGGGAUCAGUGUAUUGUAUUGUGUUAUAUUACACAGCAGCUAAUUGUUUCUUAUGUAUCACCUGAAGCCUCUAAGAUCCCGGUGGGCUAUACGAGGGUUGAUGGGAGCAUUUUUAACCUUGAAGCGCCGAAGUGUCGAAGCGUUUGAUCACGUACCAUGUACAAUGCACAUGUACAUUUAUAGUACGCGUCAAGGCCCAUCCAUGGAUGCUUAUUCUUUCUUUUUCUCAGCCUACCAGCGUAGCUGCUGCGCAGUAGAGGCUAGCACCUACCUUCUACACUAUCUCUACCCUGGUCUCUGGCAUGUGAAAAUUCAAAUGUCGCGAACCCGCAAACCACGACGAGCACAACGUUCCGUCGCUUCCUGCGUCCUCCGGAAGAAAGAGGCAAGAAGCAUUCACUAAUGCACUAGAAAUUCGGGGCUAGAUAGGUAGGUAACCAUCAAAUCGUUUUUCCUUACCUCUCGUAAAUCGCAAUCACGAUCUUUGAUCCUACCUUAGGUAUCUACCCGCCUUCGGCUCGCCUAUCUAAUUGCACUACACCAUCCC